UUGUGCUAAAAGGCUUUUAGCCAUCAAGAAGUUAUUAGGCAUUUCUCAGCCGCAAAUUAGGGAUUCUUCAUUAAUACCAACCUCGUCCCCCUACCCCACCCUACCCCACCCCACCCCCCAUUAUGUGAGACGGAGAGCCUGGGAGCCGAUAAAGGGGAUGGGGAGGCGGCAAUGUCUGUCUGCCCAUCGGUGCGAGGAGCAGUGACAGGCGCAAACUUUUCCCCGUGCCAUUAAUGAGCCAAUUAAAGAGUUGGGCUUCUCACCCCGGGAGAGCUCUCUGCAGGCUGCCGGGCUAAGGGACUGAAGGACUGCUGUUGUCUUCACAGAGAGAGGCUCCCGGGAAGUCACCCAGCUUUCUGGGAGGCAGCUCGCGGCCGGGCGUUCUGCCCUCGGAUUGACAGUGGACAACGGGAAGAAACGGGAUUACUAUGACCCUCUUCCGAGGAGCUCUGCUGCCCGCCACGAGUAGGAAAAAAGGCCAGAUAUAUGUCGUUUGGUUGCCUGGUGCCUCAAAUUUCUAGUGGGGUUUUUUUUUGUUGUUUUUUCUUUUUUUUUUUUUUACUCCAGUUGCUUGGAGUGCUGAGCUGCAUUGGAUAAAUGCCUUUGCCAUCCGAUUGACUCUGCUUUUCAGAGAAUAUAUACUUUUUUUUUUUUUUUUUUAAGAACACCUCUCUGCUCUUCAAUACUUGUUUGCAUUUUACACAACAGAACCGUUUCUCAGAGUAGUGGACGCAUUCAGAAUCGCUGCCUGAUGCUCCGGAGAGAUGAAUUGCAGCUGAGUUUCCCUUUCACCUUUGGAUGAAUGCCUGGAGUCUAAAUUGUAGCAAAGAAGGGGAUAAAAAACACAAUGAAAGAGAAGUCCAAAAAUGCUGCCCGGACUAGACGGGAGAAAGAAAACAGUGAAUUUUAUGAACUGGCUAAAUUACUACCCCUGCCCUCCGCUAUCACCUCUCAGCUGGACAAAGCAUCCAUAAUCAGACUCACCACCAGCUAUUUAAAAAUGAGGGUGGUUUUCCCAGAAGGACUCGGAGAAGCCUGGGGCCACUCCAGCCGAACCAGCCCACUGGAUAAUGUUGGACGGGAACUGGGAUCCCAUCUUUUGCAGACGUUGGACGGUUUCAUAUUUGUCGUGGCUCCAGAUGGCAAGAUCAUGUACAUCUCCGAGACUGCCUCGGUGCACCUGGGCUUGUCGCAGGUAGAGCUGACCGGUAAUAGCAUUUACGAGUACAUCCACCCCGCCGACCACGAUGAGAUGACGGCGGUGCUGACGGCCCACCAACCCUACCACUCGCACUUCGUGCAGGAGUACGAGAUCGAGAGGUCCUUUUUCCUGAGGAUGAAGUGCGUCCUGGCCAAGAGGAACGCGGGCCUGACCUGCGGGGGCUACAAGGUCAUUCACUGCAGCGGGUACCUGAAAAUCCGCCAGUACAGCCUGGAUAUGUCCCCCUUCGAUGGCUGCUACCAAAACGUUGGGUUGGUCGCCGUGGGCCACUCUCUGCCGCCCAGCGCCGUGACGGAGAUCAAGCUCCACAGCAAUAUGUUCAUGUUUCGGGCCAGCCUAGACAUGAAGCUCAUAUUCUUAGAUUCCAGGGUAGCUGAACUAACAGGUUAUGAGCCCCAGGACUUGAUAGAGAAGACCCUUUACCACCACGUCCACGGCUGUGACACCUUCCACCUGCGUUGCGCACAUCACUUGUUGCUGGUGAAAGGGCAAGUGACCACCAAGUACUACCGCUUCCUAGCCAAGCACGGCGGCUGGGUGUGGGUGCAGAGCUACGCCACCAUCGUGCACAACAGCCGCUCCUCCCGCCCGCACUGCAUCGUCAGCGUCAACUACGUCCUCACGGAUACUGAAUAUAAAGGACUACAGCUCUCCCUGGAUCAGGUCACUGCUACCAAGCCGGCAUUCUCAUAUGCAAAUUCAACUCCAACCAUAACGGAUAACAGGAAGGGAAGCAAAUCUCGCCUCUCGAGCACAAAGUCAAAAUCAAGGACAUCACCAUAUCCACAGUAUUCUGGAUUUCACACUGAGAGAUCUGAGUCUGACCACGAGAGCCAGUGGGGUGGGAGCCCUCUGACCGAUACGGCUUCUCCCCAGCUCCUGGAGCCUGCAGACAGACCAAGCUCCCAGCACCACGAUGUCUCCUGUGCCUACAGACAGUACUCAGACCGCAGUGCGCUCUGCUACGGCUUUGCACUAGAGCACUCCAGGCUGACUGAUGACAGGCACUUCCACACUCAGGCCUGUGAAGGAGGCAGAUGUGAAGCUGGACGGUAUUUCCUUGGCACACCGCAGCCGGGAAGGGAGAGCUGGUGGGGUUCUCGUUCAGCAUUGCCUCUGACUAAGUCGUCCCCUGAGAGCAGAGAAGUGUAUGAAAACAGUAUGCCCCACAUAACAUCAGUGCACAGGAUUCAUGGAAGAGGACACUGGGAUGAGGACAGUGUUGUUAGCUCACCUGAUCCUGGCUCUGCCAGUGAAUCAGGUGACCGAUACCGGACUGAGCAAUAUCAGAGCAGUCCACAUGAGCCCAGCAAAAUCGAAACACUAAUAAGAGCCACACAGCAAAUGAUUAAAGAAGAAGAAAACAGACUACAGCUGCGGAAAACCACUCCCGACCCGCUGGUCUCCAUUAAUGGCACAGGGAAGAAGCAUGCUAUCUGUUUUGCAAACUACCCUCAGCAGCAGUUGGCAGGGGAUGUCUGCCGUGUCCCGACGGUUGCCAACACUCCUCCCUGUGAACACAUCCAGCAGCGAGAUGGAAAGAUUAUGAGCCCACAUGAAAAUGACUAUGACAACAGCCCCACAACACUAUCUAGAAUAAGCAGCCCCAGUUCUGACCGAAUAUCAAAACCUAGUUUGGUACUUGCUAAAGACUACCUGCAUUCAGACAUGUCCCCUCAUCAAACCCAAGGAGACCACCCAGCAGCCUCUCCAAAUUACUACAGCUCCCACAGGCAGUACUUCGAUAAGCAUGCUUACACACUAACUGGAUAUGCCCUGGAGCAUCUAUAUGACACUGAAACAAUUAGAAACUAUUCACUAGGCUGUAAUGGAUCACACUUUGAUGUGACUUCUCACUUAAGGAUGCAGCAAGAUCCAGCACAAGGACACAAGGGAACAUCUGUUAUAAUAACGAAUGGAAGCUGACAGGUUUUUUUCUGAAAACUGUUGGGCUUUAAAAAAUAACCUUUGAGAUCUAAUUGGAAGAUACAUAUUUUCAUGCCCUUGUCCUUACCAGCAUUUCAUAUACCACAGUGCACUAGAAAAAAGUACCUAAGGUUUGGGGGAUAAGUUAGUUAACACACAUUGCUUUAAAAAACAUGCACUGACAUGCAGGGUUAGAGUGAAUGGAACUAAACUCAAAGUUGGUGCCAUGCAGGCUGAAAAGGAUAGAAGAGGUCUAGGCUGGGAGUGUUUGGGGCAGGCUAACAGAGCAGUUUAUGCACAUUUUGUAAGAGGUGGUUGAUUGGAAAUGCUGCCAAGGGUGGACCUUCUGAACUGCAUGGGUCCCAGACAACAAAACUGCUAUGCACUCUUUUAACACAGAAAAUUGGAAUGUAUUCCAUUGAAAUACACACCAAAAUGUGUACUUUUGGUGAUCUGUUUAUUCCCCAAUGGCCAAGCAUGUUAUGCUGCUCCAUGAUAUAAAGCAUCCAUGGCUGACGAAGGGAAGAAAGAAGAGAGAGCUCGAAUUGUUAGGUCCUUGUGUACUCACAUGCAUAACUAUUUACAUAUGGUUGAUUUGAAAAGAGUCAAAUGAGCAGUAUCCUUCUGACUAGUUUGGUCAAAUAUUUACUUCUACUGUAUUAAAAAGAGAGGGGCAUUCUCAAUGUAGUUUUGAGAAACACGAAGGUGUUGGUCGUCUUGCUGUAGAGAGGGGAGGUUGUUCUCAUAUUUUUGAAAGGUUGCCCUAGAUGAGUAGUGGAGUGAAAUGGAAGAAAAUUGCCUGGAGAAACAGGGAGAAUAGACUGGCUUUAGGAAUGGUCCAAGAUAAACACAGUUAACUCUAUAGCUGUGUAUGCCACUUAGUAAUAAUUAUAAAAUAAGCAAAAGUUAUUGUAAAUGGCUGAAUAAUUAAGAACUAAUUUGAAACACAGAGGGAACUCAAUAAAAUCAUAGAAAUUUUGCUGUAAAAUACAAAUGCAAUUGUGCCAGUGUAAAAAUAUGAGAGGAGAGAAUAGGUAAAACCCGUUUGGUGGUUUGUCUAACUUCUGAUAAAGUUUUGGAGUAGGUAGAAAAUUGUAACUACUCUGACAUAAAGUAAUAGGUGUGAUUUCAAAAAAGAAAUAUGAAUUCUUUUCUUGCUUGCAGCAGAAAUUUUAAUGGGUAUCUGAAAAUAUUAGAGAUAUCAAAAUCAGUCAUAUGUACAUAAAAAAGUACAGAAGGAAAUCAGUGUUCCAAACAAUUAAAUUGUAUUAAAAAUGUUAGUAUUAUCAGGGCCUGUCCUAGAGUUGUAGAAGACAUCAAAAGAGGCAGAGAAACUUUUUUAAUUUUUAAUAACUUCAUGAACAAAAAGACAUUGAUUGGAAAAGAAUAAAUACAAAACAUAUGCUCAAAAUGUAAAAUAGGGCAUUUUUAGGCACAGUUGCUAGACCUGUUCUUCUUUGUAUUGCAUUUAUAUGGUCCCAAAGUUGACUGCAAUGGGAGCAGGACCACUGGUCCCUCUUAUGCCAAUGUGGAGAUAAGGGGACUUGAGGUGGUUACUGAGAUUAGCACUAGGACUAUUUUCAUUUGUAACAUUAAGAAGCUCAACAUAUGGGACUGAGUCAUCAAUAGGACUAAAUAUAAACCAGCAUGCUAUGGGUGGGUUAAAAAUAUCUUUUUCCAAAUAAAACUAAUCAGAAGCAAAAGCUAAAUAAUAACAUUAUAAACCACGUAAGUAGAGAUGUACUUGAAAGCAGAGGAAAUUACCUCUCUGAACUUGGAAUAUUGUGUAUAGUCCUGAUCACUCCAAGGCAGAUUGUGAAUCUUGAAUUGAGUAGUACCUUACUCCAUAAGCAACCUUUGUUGACUGCAGUGUGAUUGCUCCUGGUGAAAGGCACAUUGAACACAAGGAAGAGCAACACAGUCUGGUCUUUAUUAUCUAAACCUCAUAAUAGAAGAGGUGGAGCAGAGCUCAACAAAAGAUAAAGAGACUGAAAGAUCUAAUAAAACCUUUAAAUAAACUGGGUCUGUCAUCUUUGUAAGGGAAAAGAGGAAGGGGUAAUGUCGCUGAUGUGCACCAAGCUCUGCACAGAGGAGAGGUAAAUAAUGGUCUGAAACUAUCUAAACUACCAGCAGAAAUGAGAGACAGGGCAUUGAAUGAUAGCCAAGGCAAAAUGAGAACAAAAUUAUUUGACUCAUUGCUAAAUGAAUAACAAAGGUCAUAAAAAGCAGCAGCUAGAGAUUUUUGUUUGUUUAUUUGUUUAAGAUAAAAACAAGGCAAAUAAUUGAAAAACAUUGACAACUGUUAACUCAGAGGAAGUAAUGGACCAAAAUGGACUUCUUUCAGCCCAACAACUGUAUAUAUUCCUAAAGCAUAGGAAUAAGAAAGUAUUUUUGAUAAAUCUAAUUCUGGAUAUAUAUUAUUCCUAUGAAUAAUAUGAAUAAACUUGUAUUUGGAGUCUCAUUUAACAGUAUUAAAAUACAAUUUGCAAAGUGAAUUAGAGUAGAGGUACAUGGUAUCAUAUUAUCCCUACUAGUACAUAUAAAAAUAAGUCUAAGUGUCAAUAUUAUUUUGUAUUACAGAAGAGUUUCCUAAACUGUUUGAAUGAAUGGGAUUUUCUCAGCACCCAAGUUUCUUGGGAUCUCCAAGCACUCUUGUUAUCAAGCUUUUAAUUAGAAGGCAAUAGAGUUCUGCAGACCAGCUGCAGUUCCCUGGCUAAUGUCAGGAAACCUCAGUUUGGUCACUGCUGUAUUUGCAUUCUGACAGGCACCUUUGAAAAAUAGAAGACUUAUAAACAAACAGGCACAGUGUAAGAUGCUUGUAUUCUGUAUGAUUUCGCCUAGGAAAAAAACCCCAGUGUGCUAUGCAAUAAAAAUUCCCCAAUCUUAUUCACAGUGAUCUCAAAAUAAGACUUCCCAAACUGUAGUUAUCUUAUUUUCAAUAAUUCCAUUCCACUACAAAUGCAACAAAAUGCACUGUAAUGAAUGGAAUAAAUCAGUCAAGAUGUCUCCACAUGCAGCCUCCUUGUGCUACAAGCGAAGGCUGAUGCUUGUACCCCUCAUGGGAUUCCAGCGACUGGCGCUCCUUAGCACUUCAAUACAGUAUGCCAGAGAUGGAUGCCUUUUGUCAACUUAUUUGCCAUCCUGCUUCUUUAGAUAGCCAGGAAUUUCUUCUUAAUUGACAGAAAGCAUGGCAUGUUGUAAACACAGACUCCGCAUGCUACAUGAAAGCAAGUCUGCAAUCUUAAUUAUAGCAUAUAAUAUCACUGCAGCUCAUAUUACGUAUAAUUUUCAAUAUGAUAUAAAGCUUAUUUUUUCCAUUACAUAUUUAUUUAAUACAAAUUUUCAUUUAGUAUCCUUCAAGGAUAUCUUCCUCUCUUCUUAUGUUUCUUUCUUUUCUAAAUCAGAUGAAAAGAGACAUUUUACAAAAUUGAAAAAUGCAAGGCAUUUGAACCAAAUGAGUUUCAAAUAUACCACAUCAGCUAAAGCUUAUCACUUUAAAUAAGGUAUGUAUGUUGUGUUUUGGAACAGAAACAAUAUAAAUUGCUGUAUUGCGUAAUUUCUCUAACAUAAUACUGGUUUGCUAUUAACACCAAAUUACUAUUUUGUAACUACUGCAAAUACAGAGUGACCACCGGUCUUUGAAACCAUUUCUUAUUGGUAUCAGUGGAUGGUGCAUUAUGUUUUUUGUGCAUUACAGUUUUAGUAUAUCUCUUUUGUUUAAAGAAUUAAAAACCUCUUUAGUCUUUGAUACAGAAUCUCACCCCAGGGGCAUAAAGUUUGUGAUUUUGGACAAAUUUGCAAAUCAACUCUUAAAUUAGAAGAAGAACCUUACUCAGCAAUUUGUCCCAUUGACUCAAAUGGGAAUAUUUGUGGAGUAAGGUACUACUUAAUAUGUGUGAGGAAAAAAAAUCUGACAUGUGAUAAUAGGUUUGGGGGUUGUUUUAUAAUUUUUUUUCCUUAAAUCCCAAGAUGUGAGUAUGGAAACUGGAGGAUAAUAGCUGUAAUGGCUGCGUUUCUAUAGCAGAAGUAUUUAAGCAUGUUUUGAAAAAUGAAUAUGUCUCUGCACUGAAGAGCCCCAAAAAUGUUUCUUAAGCUUUAAGCUUUUAAUUGGCUUUUGUCGAUGUGUCCACAAUACUGCCACGGGUUGCACAGUGAAAUUCUGCUUUUUUUAAACUCUUUUAAUCACUGUUAUCUGAAUCUCAUUUUUGCCUCUGCACAUGCAGCAUUUAUUCAUUAAUGUCCUUAAGUAUGUUAACCACCAUAUGUUCAUUUGUGUGAGCAUGCUGAGUGAGUUGGAAAAAAUAAAAGGUCGCAUAGUAUUUCUGGAAAAGGCACAGCCACCCCAAAAAAUCAGACUGGCUGUUCCAAAGGUCAGAUAACCUUUCAGUCACGGAACAAAGCUGUGGCGUACGCAUUGGUUUCAGACCUUCUGCAUACAAAGCUGUGUAUAAUGGGGAUUAUACCACACAGUUCCAGGAUUAGACUUAGCUAUGUCUGUUUUAAGGUGGCUAUAGUGAAUGUCUUGCAGCAAAAGGAUUCAGGCUCUGGUCUUUCCAAGCUGUUUGCUUAAAACACCUAAGAGUCUAAAGGCAAUACAGGCUUUGUUAUUAGGAACAAUGGUGGAUCAACAUGCUUUCCUGUAGGUAUACUGACUUAACUCCAGACAUCUCUGCAGUGUGGAGAAGAGCCUGUUUUAUUUUAUUUGCAGUUAGUAUUGAUGGUUAAAUAUUUUGGCUGUGUAAAAAAAACCAAACAACAAAAAACAACCCCAAACCCAACAACAGAAAAAUCAAAUCAAAAAACCUCACAGAUUUCUGUAACCCUUCAGUUUGGUGUUAUUAAAGCUUGCUAGAGGUGUAGCUGAGGAUUUAGGGGUUAUUUUGAAGAUCAAAAAAGUAAAUAGUCUUCUGUUCAGAACAGUGAGAGCACUAAUGUGAUUCUCUUUCACAUUUUCUUGGAGCAUUUAUUAAUGAAAAAAAUGGAAUGAGGUUAAACAUCACUGUGGCAUUUAGCUUAUGUAUAUAAGAGUUCUGUAGAUAAAUCUGGCUCUAAGUUGGUAGGAAUACAUCCCUUUUUGAAAAGAGUUAAUUUAUGACUCCAUCUAUGAAGCUGUAUUUGAAAGGACAGAUCAAAUACAGGAAGAAAAAAAGCUUUUUGUCUGGUUGUAUUCACUAUUUACCUCCCAUCUCACACAAAGUUCUCAAGCUUUCCUAUUGUUCUAGGAUUCCAAAUACCAUUUUAAACAUUUUUAUUUAUUGCAAUUUGGACUGCAUUUUUUUUUUCUUUUCAGCUACUGAUACAGUGGGAAGUUUUGAAAUGCAAGAAAUAAUCUUUUUCACACAAUAUAAAACAUUAGCACCUUUACAUUGUAAGGAAAUAAAGUCUAUUAGGAAAAGUACUUUUAGGGCACUGCAACUUUUUCCCAAGGUAAAUAUUUCAGUGCAUGAAAUAUACUAAUCUGACAAAAAAAGCACUUGAGACAUGAUGAAGCAUUUCGUGUUUGCUUUAAACCAAUGGUUACGUUUAUGGAAAAAAAGACAGAGAUUGCCAGUGUUUCAAAUACCAUGCCUUGCAAUGUAAAGGGUCUGGUGACAUUGUAGCAUAACAUCUGUAGUUUUCCUUUGGAAUGUAAUGUAGAAAACACAAUUUAGCUUUGUCAACAUUAUCUUGCAAAGUGUUCCCAUUUAUAAUUAUUUAUAUUGUAAAUAGCUUUCUGAAGUAAAUUUGAACUUAAUGUGCAUAAGAUGUAUUUAUUAUGUGAAGAUUUUUUUUUUUUUGGUUUAAAAUAU